AAUACUUUCCGAAACAAAGAUCUUUCGUCCUUUCUCUCUGAAAAAUGGACCUCGCAGGUGAAUCCACCAGCCUCGCAUCAUCCACCGUCGCUUCUUCUUCUUCCUCUUCCUCCGUAUCAUCAACCGACUGCGAUUCGCCACGUGGCGGAGAUGCAGAUCACGAACUGCUCCACACCACGACGGCGGUUUCUGUUUCUGUUUCUUCGUCGUCUUCAUCCGCCUCGAUUCAGAGAAUCCUCGGUUUGAUCCGAUCGGAGGAUCCGGAUUCGAGGCUGUUCGCGGCCAGAGAGAUCCGUCGGCUGACGAAGACGUCGCAUAGAUGCCGCCGACACUUUUCUCAGGCCGUCGAGCCGCUCGUUUCGAUGCUGAGGUUAGAGGACUCGCAUGAAUCGCACCACGAGGCGGCUCUGCUCGCUCUCCUUAACCUCGCCGUUAAAUACGAGAAGAACAAGGUGAGCAUAGUCGAAGCUGGUGCUUUAGAGCCAAUCAUGAACUUCUUACAAUCUAAUACCCCAACACUUCAAGAAUACGCUUCUGCAUCUCUGCUCACUCUCUCCGCCUCCGCUAACAACAAACCCAUCAUCGGAGCUAACGGAGUGAUUCCACUACUAGUCAAAGUCAUUAAACACGGAAGCCCACAGGCUAAAGCUGACGCAGUCAUGGCACUCUCCAACCUCUCUACGCUCUCCACUAACCUAACCAUGAUCCUAGCGACCAAACCACUCUCACCGAUCCUGAAUCUUCUCAAAACAAGUAAAAAAUCAUCGAAAACAUCUGAGAAAUGCUGUUCACUGAUAGAGUCCUUGAUGCUCUCCGGCGAGGAGGCGAGAAAGGGUUUAGUCUCAGAUGAAGGAGGUGUUCUCGCGGUGGUGGAAGUUCUCGAAAAUGGGUCACUACAAGCUAAGGAACACGCCGUUGGUGUGCUCUUAACAUUGUGCCAAAGCGAUAGGAGUAAAUACAGAGAGCCGAUUCUCAGAGAAGGUGUGAUACCUGGACUCCUCGAGCUCACGGUUCAAGGGACGUCGAAGUCUCGUACCAAAGCUCAGAGACUCCUCUGUUUACUAAGGGACUCGGAAAGCCCGAGGUCAGAGGUUCAACCUGAUACAAUAGAGAACAUAGUGUCGAGCUUAAUCUCUCAUAUAGACGGUGAUGAUCAGUCUGGUAAGGCGAAGAAGAUGUUAGCUGAGAUGGUGCAAGUUAGCAUGGAAAAAAGCUUGAGACAUCUACAAGAACGUGCUUCUACUCUUGUCCGUCCCUAAGACCUCGUUUCUCCAUGUCUCUUUGGUUUGAUUCUACAUCAUAUAUGCCAGUCCAGUGCCAACGUUUUGGUUCUUUUAGUGACUGGGUUACUCAAAAGUGUUUAUAAUAAAAAGCUUUUUGUAAGUUGAAAAAGUCUUUGGUACAUUUCUAUAGAAACGUUUUUUAUUACUUCUAAAAAGUUUCAGUGUU